AUGGACCUAAAAGCUUCUUCAACGAUCCUCUAUGGAUUUUUAGGCAAAGGACUGGCAACAAUUAGGACUAUAGAGCUCGUGGUUACCAUUGGAGAUGAGAUUCGAACAACAACCAAGAUGCUCAAGUUUAUUGUCAUAGACUGCCCAACAUCAUACAUUGUCAUUCUAGGUCGACCUGCUCUAAUCAUCUUUGAAGCAAUCACUUCUAUUCGCCAUUUGGACAUGAAAUUUCCCACAUCGACAGAAAUAUGUACGGUCAGGAGAGAUCAAUUAGCUUCCAUAGAAUGCUAUAACAUCUCAAUGAAGGGAAAAAUGCAACCCGGGCAACAAGCGAUGGUGAUCAUAGAAGAAGCAGAAGAGCUUCAGUUAAUGGAGAUUAAAGUUCUGCGAAUAGGCGAGGAAAAAUCGGAGCUUCAAGCUCUCGAGGAAUUGGAAGAAGUAAUCCUCAAUCAGGAAGCUACUUCCAAAGUUAUUAAGAAGAAUAAGGGUUCAAGCAGAGGGAGGGCAAAAAGUAGGUCUUUAUUUGUUGAAGAGGCCAUAACUAUUGCUUUUGAUUCUUCAGAUAUGGCAAGGAUCAAGCAAACGACCAGACACAAUUUUGCCACAGAUCCUCAGGCGUGUGAUAUCUCUCUCUCUCUUCCCAUGGCUCGGAAGAAGAAAGGUAUAUCGAAGCCGACGAAGAUUUCCGAUGAGGUGGUGGACGACCUCCCUUCGAUCCAAGUUGAGGUACCUGAUCUGUUACCUGAUGAGGAUUUUCAUGAUCCUUGUGAUGAACUGGAGCUGGAGUGUGUUGUUGAGGUGCAGCGGGUUGGAAGUGCGAAUCGUUCUCCUCCUACUCCAAUGAAUUGGGUUGAGGAUGCGGAGGGUUCUGAAUUCCAGAGAUCUGCUAAGGAAGUGUGGAGUAAAUUUCAGUCGAACCAGGUACCCACGCCCUCUACUCGUCUGAAUUAUACCGAACCUAUGAAAUUGGGUGACCAAGUUGUGGCCCGAUUAGAUAUGGAGGAGGUUGAGACUGAAGCUUCAUUUUGGAAGAAUGCGAUUGUUUGCAUUGUCCUGGGAGCUAACCCUCCUUUCCGAGUAUUUGAAGGAUUUGUCAAGAGAAUUUGGGGCAACUUGGGUGUUGAGAAGAUAGUGAGAAUGCAUUCUGGUUUUACCCUUGUUAAUUUCAGGGAUGAAGCUACAAGGGACCUGAUUUUGGAAGCAGGAGUUAUACACUUUGAUAAAAAGCCUGUGGUUCUUUGUCCUUGGACACCAGAUAUGGACUCUAUGAGAAUGGUCAAGUCGGUUCCGGUUUGGAUUCGGCUGAAUGGCUUGGGUUUGCAAUACUGGGGAAAAAAUAGUCUCAGUGCUAUGGUGAGCACAAUUGGGAGACCGGUUAUGGUGGAUAAAGUGACGCAAAGUAGAUCGAUGGUGAAAUAUGCGAGGAUAUUGGUGGAUAUGGAGAUUACGGAUCAUCCUCCGAAAUCUAUUUCUUUUAUUAAUGAAAGGGAACAAAUCACAGAAAAAAUGGUGGAAUAUGAAUGGCUUCCCUCUAAGUGUGCUGCCUGCUCGAAUUUAGGUCAUAUACUGGCAAAUUGUAACAAGAAUACUGGUUUUAGUUGGAGGAAGAAAUCUACUGAUGAGAAUGGUACUAGUACAGACAAGAUCAUAUCUAAAACAGAGGAGGUUCAACAACAAUCGGAGUCUGCUAUUCCUGAUCCCAGAGCUUGCACUGCUUCUAAUAUUGGAGAGGAAGAGAGGGCUAGUAGUUCUCUAGAGCAAAAUGCUUCCAAGGUUAUUAGUGAUGUUCAGGAUUUUUCAGAAGCUACUCAGCAAACUGGAAAAGGGAAUGCUGAGGUUGCAGGAAGCUGGAUUACUCCCAGAAGGAGAGGUGCUCGACAAGGGGUGUUAAAUGCUCACAAGUCAGAUAUCGUUCAAGGGAAGGCUAAAUCGGGCAAUGGAUAUGCGGUGCUGCAAGAUACAGGAUUGGUCAUUUGGUCACUAAUUCUAUCCCAAUUCAGUGAUGGAAGUUUGCAAUAUGAUAGGGUGGAAUGUGAGGGGGAGAAUAAGGUUGGUUUUGGAGCUUUCUUUGAGACUAAGUUGAAACAUGAGAAAAUUAAAGAAGUUUUUGAGAAUAAUUUUCACAAUUGGGAUUAUUUUUCUAGUCCUAUUUUUUUUGGUAGGAUCUUAGUUGUUUGGAAAACUAAAUUUGUGAAAGUUGAUAUAUUGCUUGAAGAUCCCCAACUUGUCCAUUGUAGGAUCAAAGUGAGUGGCCAGCAGGAAUUUUUCUUUGCUACAGUGGUUUAUGGUAGCAAUUCCAUGGGGGAGAGGAAGCUUCUUUGGGAUAAAUUAGCUAGUAUUGGUCAAUUAAAGUCUCCUUGGAUAAUUUUUGGAGAUUUCAAUGCCAUGUUUAGCUACCAAGAUAGGAUUGGUGGGAGACAAGUCCUUGCUAAGGACAUAGCUGAUGCUCAAGAUUGGUUGGCUUUAGGCCAAGUUGAGGAACUUAAGUGUGAGGGUGCUCCCUAUUCUUGGACGAACAAACAGGAGGCAGGAGAUCAUAUUUUUUCUAAGUUAGAUAGAGUGUUUAUCAAUGAUCUGUGGCUGGAUGUUUUUCUGAAAUCUGAAGCUCGCUUCAAAUGGGACUGCAUUUCUGAUCACAAUUUCUGUGUGAUUCGUAAUCAAGAAGUUAAUGGUGUGGGAUUUAUCCCUUUUCGUUUUGGUAACCACUGGAUGCAGUAUAGAGGCUAUAGAGAAGCUGUUCUUCACUGUUGGAAUGCACCUGUUGUUUCUGGUGGAGGUCUCAGCAAGAUAAUUCAGAAAUUAUAUCGGGUGAAGCAUACUUUGAAAAGGUUUAACAGAGAGGAGGUUGGUGAUAUUGUUUUGAGUUAUAAGAAGGCCAAGGAGGAGUAUAGUAGAGUUCAGGAGGCUCUGGCUUCUAAUCCUUCAGACAUGUCUCUGCUUCAUUCGGUUACUCAAGCCCAGCUCAAUGUUUCAGUUUUGCAGCACUGUUAUGCCAGUUUUCUCAAACAGCAGAGUAAACUUAAUUGGAUUAAGUUUAGUGAUGAUAAUUCGAGAUUUUUUCAUGCAUUUGUGCGAAAAAGAAGAGUUGAUAAUAGGAUUUCUUCCUUCACAAUAGGAGGCAAAACAGAAGAGGAUUAUUCUAAAGUUGUAGAGCAUUUCCUGUCUCACUUCAAGAAGUUUAUGGGGAAAGGAAAUUUGGCUUUAGUGGCGAUUGAUCAUAGCUGUUUCAUGCAGGGAAACAGAUUGUCUCUGGAUCUCCAAGUCAGACUUCUGAGACCUUUUACCAAGAAUGAUGUGAAGAAGGCUCUAUUUAGCAUUCACUCCUAUAAAAGUCCUGGUUUGGAUGGUUUUGGCUCGGGAUUUUUUAAGGGGUUAUGGUCAGAUAUUGGUGCUGAGAUUACUUCUGCAGUGUUGGAGUUCUUUCAUGAUGGUUACUUGCCGAAGGAUUUGAAUGAAACUGUAAUUUCCCUUAUCCCUAAGCUUGCUAAUCCGUGUUCAGCUAGUGACUAUCGUCCUAUUGCGUGUUGUAACACUCUCUAUAAGUGUAUAUCGAAGAUGAUUUGCUCUAGACUUUCGGAAGUGCUUCCCUUUCUUGUUCAUAGUAAUCAAGGGGCAUUUAUUAAAAAUAGAGUUCUAGCUCAUAAUAUUAUGAUAUUCCAAGAUCUCCUCAAAGGGUAUACUAGAAAGAAUAUUUCAGCUAGAUGUUUAAUGAAGAUUGAUUUGAGUAAGGCUUACGACACAGUUGAUUGA